AUGUAUGUGAAAUGCUUUGAUACAGUAAUGUUUUACUAUGUCAUUUUAGUGAAUUUAGUGAAUGUCACUUUUUGUCAUUUUCAAAUUUCCCACCGUUCCGUCGCCCGUACGUCCCAACGUCGCAGGGGACGGAACCCAGAAGACAGAUGCCGGCAUCCGCCGGAGGACAUUACAGGGGACACUGCAGGAGGGACAUCACGGAAGCGCAGGACAAGGUAAGAGAAGAACAGAUCCCGGAGCAGCGCCGCAUGGUGAGCCCAAGUGUAGCUCGGGGUUACCGCUUGUGCUACACUCAGGAAUACCGCCAGGGAGGCUA